GUGUCCUCUGCUUCUACACUUCAGCUGAGGUUUGGUUUUAAAGUAUUUACGGCCUCUCCACAGCAGUUCUGUCCUGACGUCGUUGAAGGGUGUCCUAUUGAUCCGGGCAAAAGCUUUAUAAUCAAGAAGGUCUUUAACUUUUCGAAAUCACUAACACAUUUAUACCCAUUAGCUGAUAUUACAGCACAAUACUCAGCCGUAGACGCAGAAUCUAACCAUCUCACAUGCGUAAAAGUUGCUGCCAUAGGAUAUCAAGAUCCAACAUGGCAGCGAAUUUUCACUUACAUCCCUAUCAGUCUUACACUUGUGGCAGCUCUCCUUUCAUUGAUAACCACGAUGUUUAGCCUCUUUCAGCGAGAUGAACAACAAGAUGAUGAUACUAGUGUUGAAUACGAAAACUCUUUUUUCGCAGCAUUCAACUAUACAACUAUAAUAUCACCGGAACUGUUAAGGCUAAAAACGCCUGGAUUCUUCGAUCUGAUAUUUUAUGCACAAUUCAUUAUCAUUGUGGGGUUAUUCAAUCUGGACUACCCUCGCUUUUAUGCAUUACUUACGUCCAAUUUUUCUUGGAGUUUUCUGAUCUGGGAAACAAGUUGGGUCAAAGGCCUUACUCAGUAUUUAUUUCCAGUGUUAAUGGCACCUAUUGACAAUGUGGCGUCUAUACCGCACUAUACAUUAUACAAAAGACAACAA